AUGCGCCUUGUUGCACCGCUGAUGAUGCAGUCUGGCUACAUGGCCGCAGGUGUGCGCAAACGCGGCGAAGGCUGGAUGCCAAAGGGUGCGGGAGUCAUUGGCAAAGCGGGCGUGGGCGGGAUGACUGGUGGGCGGAGGACAAGAGGCACGCGUCGGCAGUCGCAGACCCGCAGUCGUGCAUGCGGACCAGGAGGGCUCGAAGGUGGGGAGCUUCGCCUUGACGGGAGCUCCAGGGACCGCCAGUUGACUCUUGAGCAUCUGCACUCAACAAAAGACACAACAACCGCGCCCACUCCUCAGCCGGCCAUCUCGCAGACAGAGCCGGUAGAACUACGCAGACAGCCAAACAGCCGCGCUAGCAGCACACUCUCUAACAUUCGGGACGGGCUCCCGGAAACAUCGUUCCGCACAGGCCCCAACCUCGCCCUCCCCUCGUAUCGUCAUUACACGUCUGUCACCAACGGAUACGUUCCUUUGCCACAGCAGCUUGUGGACACAUACACCUCAUAG